AGUGAAAAAAUAAUUUAUAUUUGAUAUGCCUCCUAUAAGACGAAGCAAUUUAGGUAAAAGAACCAGAAAUGCUACAAACCAAGCUAAUUACCGAUCUAAUUCACAAACGCGUGAAGCGCGAGCAAGUUUGAAUCGAGCUGCUUUUAGUUACGAUGUGUCAAUUGACUACAGUAACUACCAAUGUGUUGUUAUUGGUUCUAUGAACUCGGUUUGCUCACACUGUAAGGCAUUAAAAUACAAAAACGAAGCCAAUGGAUUGUGUUGCGCAAAUGGUAAAGUGAAAUUGAUACCAUUGGAUCCACCACCAGAACCAUUGUACUCAUUGGUUUCAGGAAUAGGAACAGAUUCUAUACACUUUUUGACAAAUAUCCAACAAUAUAACAAUUGCUUUCAAAUGACUUCAUUUGGGGCAACAAAUGUAGUUCGGGAAAAUUUUAUGCCAACUUUCAAGAUACAAGGGCAAAUAUAUCAUAGAGCAGGUUCACUGUUACCAGUGUCAGAUAGCGACAACAAAUUCCUGCAAAUUUAUUUUAUGGGCAAUUCACCACAAGAAAUUGAUCUGCGUUGUGCACAUAACAAUUUAGUAAAGAGGUCUAUUGUAGAACAAUUACAAACUUUAUUUCAUCAGCACAAUCAAUUGAUUAUAUUGUUUAAAACUGCCCUGGAUCUGAUGCCAUCCGAUAAUCACAAAAUUGUAAUCAGAGCUGAUAAAACACCUGCAGGUCAACAUACAAGACGUUUUAAUGCACCAACUAUUGAUGAAGUUGCUAUCGUUGUAGUUGGAGAAAACUUGGAAUCCCGUGAUAUUAAAAUAUUAAAUAUUAAACAUGUCAAAGUACUUCAUUUAAGCAAGAAUAUGCGUGUCGAGUUGCAAAAUGACCAAUCUGGAAACAUAUUCUCUAAACAACUCAUUGACAUUGGUAAUGGCAAAUUUCCUAUAGACAUGUUGACUGGCUGCAUUAACUUUCCUCUAAGUUUUUGUCAGUUAACUCGAUCAAAAGAUGAACUUAUUCAGAAGGUGUUUCCAGAUGUUUCUCAAAAUUACAGAAACCAUGAUUGGUUGAGCGAACGAGCUAUACUGGCUGCAAAAAACAUAGAUGUAAAUGAAUUAAAUUUCAAAAUUCAAGAACAAAUUACAGGCGAAUUGAUGAUAUAUAAAUCAGUUGAUUCGGCUACUAAUCAAGAUGAUGUAGUCAACUAUCCACCGGAAUUUUUAAACUCGCUGGAUUUGGCAGGAUUGCCACCUCACAAUCUUCAAUUAAAGGUUGGAUCGGUGGUUAUAAUGUUGCGAAAUAUCAACCAACCGCGUCUUUGCAACGGUACACGGUUAGCGAUAAAAAAAUUACUAAACAAUGUGAUAGAAGCAACUAUACUCAAAGGAAAGUAUAAAGGAGAAGAUGUUCUCAUACCGCGCAUCCCAAUGAUUCCGACUGAUGUGCCAUUUGAGUUUAAACGACUACAGUUUCCAGUGCGUCUUGCUUUUGCUAUGACUAUAAACAAGUCCCAGGGGCAAUCAUUAAGUGUUUGUGGUAUUAAUCUAGAAAACCCAUGUUUCUCACAUGGUCAAUUGUAUGUUGCCUGUUCCCGUGUUGGAAAACCAUCAGAUUUGUUUAUCUAUGCGCCAGGUAAUCAAACAAGAAACAUCGUAUACCACAAAGUACUACAAUGAUAAUAAUAAUAAUUAUGAUUCACAUGAUUAACAAUAA